AAAAGUGUUGCAGUGUGCGGUGCGGUGUUGGUGUUUUUCAAGCUUUAAGUUUAAAGUUUAAAGUUGCUUUGUGUCAAGCUUCAUAAGCUCCUUCCACACACAGGAAGUCGAAUACUUGCUGUUUUUCAAAUGUUUUUGAUUCCAUCUUUUGCAAGGUAAAAUGUAGCAUAAUAUCAUGAAGGACUCGCUGAAAUUUUCUAUCGUCAACUUUGCGUCCUACUACUAGUGUUAAAAAACACCAAGUCUGAUCUAAUAUUCUCAGUUCUACUCAGAAAACCCUAGAUUUUGCAGCAACAAUGUGGUUUUUCUACCUCCUAAGCUGGCUAUCUACAACGAUUCAAGUUUGUUUCAUCACGCUAGCCGUUGCUGCUGGACUGUAUUACUUAGCCGAGCUAGUCGAAGAAUUCACUGUCAUAUCAAAGAAAAUCAUCACUUGGAUGACCCUUGCAACAAUAAUCUGUUAUAUUGGAUUUAUUUUGUUCGAAGAUCUUCCAAAGACAUUGAUCAUUUGUGGGAUAUCUAGUCAAGUAACUCAUCUGCUCAUCCUUCAGACUUUUCCUUUCUUUACCAUAACGUCUCCCACUUUCAUAGUGGCUGUGAUUUUACUCUUUGUGAAUCAUUAUCUAGCAUUCGACUAUUUCAGCAGUGUUUAUCAUCCCUUCUCUGAGGUAAUGGCAUAUUUCACUCUUUGUCUGUGGCUUGUUCCUUGUGCCCUCUUUGUAUCAUUAUCAGCAAACGAGAAUAUUCUUCCAACUGUCGCUGAAACUCGGCCACUUCUAGGUAAUGACAAUGAUGUUGUUAGCAAUUAUUUCUCAAGGAGAUGCAAGAAAUAUGGUCUUCUGAGUUUCUUCAACUAUGCCAAAGAGUCUGUCCUACCUCAGCGCAGUAAAAAAGCCUUUUAAUUGAUCUUUCAACUCUAAACUGAUUUAUCAAGAAGAAAAAAAAAAAGCAUUAAUUCACACUUUGUACACUUUUUACCAUUUUUCUUGCACGGGUUAUUUGAAGCCCUGUAAGAAUCUGUGAUAUUAAUUUAGGUCUGUUUCUUUUUAAAGCUAGAAAAAGAACAAGCUUUGAUAAAAUGUACAUAAAUUUUAUUAAUGAGUGGUAAUUUAUUUUUUUUUCUGUGUUUUUUCUCUGUUUCUAUUUAAAUAAACAUCAAUUUGACAGGUUUUUCA